AUGGGUACCAACGCCCAGCAAUACUGCCUUCGGUGGAACAACCACCAGACGAAUCUGCUCACGGUCUUCGAUGAACUCCUGCAGAACGAAGCCUUCACCGAUGUGACGCUCAUCUGUGAGGGAGGCAGCCACGUCAAGUGCCAUAGGAUGGUGCUGGCCGCUUGCUCUCCGUACUUCCAGAACAUCUUCACUGUGACAACGUGCAAACAUCCAGUUGUGGUCCUCGACGUUAAACUCGCAGAAAUCAAGGCCAUCCUCGAGUACAUGUACAGGGGUGAAGUGAACGUGGCACAUGAUCAGUUGGCGGCGCUCCUGAAAGUGGCUGAAACCUUCAAAGUGAAGGGUUUAGUGGAGGAGAGUCGCGGCAGCGGGAAUGAAGACUUGAAUGAAGAACCUAAGCAUUCGCCGAAGGGCGUGAGCCCAUCCAGCACAAACAACAACAAUAACAACAAUCCAUCCAACGUGCACAGCAGUAGCAGUAACAACAAUUCACCACCGCAUUCGACGAACGGCAUCCACUACAAGAAUCAUUACAACAUGUACGCGAAGGGUCAGCAGGAACGCAGAAUGAGUAUGCCUAUGUGGACAGUGCCAGGAUUACCGAUGCCUCAUCACCAAGCCCCAAUACCGCAACAGAACCACGCAGCGGCCGCGGCGAUGCUCAACAGCUGCUACGAAGCCGGUCCAGAUAUGAACUCAUCGAAACGCAAGAAGUCAUCGAGUUUGGGAAUGAACCGCGAUACACCAAUUUUGAGGACCGUCCUUGGAUUAGCAGAUUCCUCUCAACCCGUGAGUCUCGUUUGCCACGGUGGAAGCAGCAGUCCCGACAACAUCAACUCCAACGGAAUCGAAGAACGACACGAAAAGCACAUUAAGAACGAACCUUCGGAAAACGCGCAAUCACCCUACACCGAUCUCUCAAUGAUGGAUGAUGAUGAUAAACUGAAGAUGCCACCGUCGUCGCCGCACGCUUAUCCUGGUGAUGUGCGCGGCGUCUCCGGCAUCGCCACCUACGUCCCAAGCAAUCAAAAACCCGAAUGGAAACGAUACAAGCAAUAUACAAGAAACGACAUAUUAUCCGCAAUCGAAGCCGUCAAGAACGGGAUGUCCGCUCUGCAAGCCGCCAAAAAGUACGGUGUCCCAUCGAGAACGUUGUACGAUAAAGUCAAGAAGUUGGGAAUAACACCGAACAAGCACUUCAAGCGCGGCUCGAACGGCAGCAGCGUGUGCUUCCCGUACGGCAUCAGCGGCACCAGCUCCCCAUACAUGGACGGAUCCGAAGAGAGCAUGAACAACAAUUCGUCCCUGCUCGAAGCCAACAGCAUCCUUCAGCACGCGUUGGACAGCAGAGGUGGCGACGAAAGGGAAGCUCUCGCCGCUAUGGCAGCAGCAGCCGCAGCGCACGCCGCCCUUUCAGGACACGGACAACAAGACCACAACUUGGCGAGAAGUCCCAGCCCCAGUCCGACGCUCAUCAAAUACAUGCGAAUGAACAGUCUGACGCCGUCGCCUGCCCCAGGAAGCGAACACAAUCACAGCGAGACGAACGGCAGCUCCGAACGCGAUCGCGAAGAGGAGGACGACCACGUCGAAGAUCUCAGCGUGAGCGCUCGGAAGCAUCAGGAGUCGCGCGUCAUUAUGCCACCGAUGAGCAUGUCCUCCAUCAUCAAGAAAGAGGAGAUGCUCAAGGAGACGCUGCGAGAGGAGAUGCGCCGUGAGGUAAGCGUCGAAAACGCCGAAUAA